UAAAUAAAUAUAGAUUUUGAAAUCAGUGCUCGCAUGAAUGACGUUCAUUAAAAAUUGACGUGGGAAACUUUUUGUACACACCCGAAUGAAUUGAGGGAGGUCGUAGGUUACUAAUUAUAUACACUACAUUUGUCGUAUCCUUUCGUACCUAAAAAAGCUGCACAAAAUGGUCAAGAAAAUAACACCAGAAGUAUCAGAAACUAACGCCAAUUGUGGGAACAAAAAAAGUUUCGUUGGCUGCAUCAAGACAAUUCAACGUGGGAACAUAUAUCCUCUUUUCCCAAUUCUAAAUUUUAUAUUUCCAGUUACGUUUCUCGCCAUUAGCUAUGUACUUGGUGUCACAGGGGAUCAUGAUAUCAGUCGAUUACCGUACCCAAGUGAUUUGGGUGAACGUCAGCCUGAACGUGGCUUGUUUUCCUUGAGUCUAAGCAUUGGCGUAGCUAGUUUAGCGCCUUGCAUUGUUUUUCGAUUUAUACAAAUAAACGACAUUGGCUAUAAAUCGCAGAAACACAGCAACACAUAUGCUUUUGUGUGUGGUAUGGUAAAAAUGGUUGGACAAUGUUUUGUUUUUAGUUACUCACAAGUUGAAAGUCCAACCGCUCAUUUUACAGGUGCGACACUUUAUUUUGUUUUCGGGAUUGUUUAUAUCAUACUGCAAACACAGUUCUCACGCAAGCUCCCUCAACACCAUCCAAAAUGGUUAGUUUACAUGAGAGGAAGUUUUGCUAUCUUUGCUGGAGUAACUUUUAUUGUGUUUUUCUUUGGUCGAAUACUUGCACCAGAAAGUGAAUCAAGGUACUACAUUCCGCAAACUUGUGAGUGGAUCAUUGGUGCGAUAUUCUCCCUCUUUGUGCUCACGUUUUCGUAUGAUUUCCAUGGAUUGUCGUGUGCCUCCAAGAAUAUGUUCAGCGAUGAACAAAAGUUGAGGGAUGAUAACAUUUGAAAAAACACAAGUCGACGAAAUUUGGGAGCAGCACAGAGAAAACAACGUCGUCUCUUAAAAAAUAUUCAAGCACGCUUAGACGGACAGUAAUAGCUGUUUUUAACAAAAAACACAAAGAUUUGGAGGUCUGAGUACGAUUGGUCUUGCAUUAUAUUUUAUAAUAACAACAAUGUAAAAAGAGUUAAACUAGUUUUUAUCUAACAACAAAAUAAAAUAUCCGUUUACUGGUUA